AUGAGCCUUAACCCGAACGGCUCUCAGCCGCAGCACGAGAAAGAAGACAUCUCAUCUCCUGAUUCUUUUAAAUUUGUCGUUGGCUGUCGUAAAUCAGAGCUCGCGCUCACUCAAACUCGGACCAUCAUAUCAGAGCUGAGACAAAAGCUCGACCCAUCCCCGACCUUUGAAAUUGCCACAAGCAGUGUCGUUGGCGAUGCAGAUAAGCAGACGCCCUUCAUCCAACUCUCCAAGCAGACGGGCGGAUCAGACAUUGGCAAAAGCCUAUGGACCAAUGGCCUUGAAAAGGACUUGGCGGCUGGCAAGGUCCAAUUUCUUAUCCAUUGUUUAAAGGACAUGCCGACAACGCUGCCGCCAAAUUUUCUCCUUGGGGCUAUCCCUGAGCGUGAGGACUGUUCUGAUGCCGUCGUAAUGAAAUCGGACUCAGUUUUCAAAACCAUUGAUCAAUUACCGCCUGGCUCCGUAGUUGGAUCGAGCUCUUCAAGGAGAAGGGCUCUAGUUCGGCGAAAUUGGCCUCAUUUGGAGAUAUUAGAAUGUCGCGGCAACUUAGAUACUCGCCUUGCUAAGCUUGACGCACCUGAUUCGCCGUUUUCAUGCAUUCUCUUGGCGACCGCAGGACUAUUACGCCUGGGUCUCGGCCGUCGAAUCACGCAACGACUUGAGCCUACCGUAUUCCCUUACGCAGUUGGGCAAGGCGCACUCGGUAUCGAGCUUAACACAGAUCGUCAAGAUAUCUUGCAUCUUGUUCAACAUGUCGAUCAUAAGCCGUCGAGAUGGCGCGGCAUGGCAGAGAGGGCGAUGCUUCGAAGUCUCCAAGGAGGAUGUUCGUCCUCAAUUGGCGUUUGGUCUUCGUUUGAACCCCUGAAAGGAAACGUUUCGACAGACGCAGCCCUUGAUAGCGGUACCCUUCACCUACGAGCUACAGUCAUCCACAUAGAAGGAACGUCGGAAAUUUCUUCUGAGGAUGUGAGCACUGUCCAGUCCGACGAGGAAGCAGAGCAGCUCGGUAUCUCAGUCGUGAACAUGCUGCUCGACAAGGGGGUUCGGGAUCUAUUGCCAGAACAAUUAUAA